AUUUAUUGAUCUCAAUUCAUCAAUUCAUCUAAUUAUAAUUCAUAAACAAAAAAAAAAACAAAAAAAAUGGAUAUCUGUAAAAUGAUAACCAGAGAUAAUCCUUAUGAUCGUGCCGGUAUUUUGAAUCGUAAUUUCUUCAGUUGGAUAAUUCCAUUAUUCAAUGUUGGCUAUAAAAAAGAACUAGAAGUAAGCGAUUUAUGGAAAAAUCCAAAAGUUGAUUCUUCCGAAAGACUUGGUUUUCGAUUACAAGAAGAAUGGGACAAAGAAUUGAAAAAUAAAAAAAAAUCGAAACCAAGUUUUUUACGUGCAAUUAUUCGUGCAUUUGGUUUCUGGUAUUUUAUGUCUGGACUUUUAUCAAUAAUAUCGGAAGCAAUAAUUCGUGUCCUACAACCAGUGGUUAUGGGUUGGAUGAUUUAUUUUUUGCAAAAAUACUAUGAAGAUGGUGUGAGAGAUAUAAAAAAUCUUCAUAAUUUCUACAUAUGUGGUGGAUCGGUUGUUAUUCUCGGUAUAAUAUACGUAAUACUUUAUCAUCCAUAUUUUUUUAAAAUGACACGUAAAGGAAUGCAAUUAAGAAUUGCUUGCUGUCAUAUGAUUUAUCGUAAAUCAUUACGUUUAAGUCAACGUGCACUUGGUCAAACAACCGUUGGUCAAAUGGUCAAUCUAUUAUCGAAUGAUGUGAAUCGUUUUGAUUAUGCAUUCAUAUUCGUACCAUUCAUAUUGACAGCACCAAUACAGGCUGUAAUCACUGUUGCAUAUCUUUAUGAAUUUGAUUUUCGUUGGUCCGUUUUUGCUGGCUGUUCAGUUCUAUUGCUUUAUUUACCAUUCCAAAUGUAUAUGGGUACAUUAUUUUCAAGAUUACGUGCUAAAACGGCCAUUCUUACUGAUGAACGUAUACGUUUAAUGAAUGAAUUGAUACCGGCAAUGCGUGUGAUCAAAAUGUAUACAUGGGAAAAACCGUUUGCCAAAUUGGUCGAAUUGGCUAGACGUAAAGAAGUGUCAAUGAUUAAAAGAACGGCUCUAUUACGUGGCGUUAAUAUGGCAUUAUUUUUUGUUUCAUCCAAAGUGAUCAUAUUCGUUUGUUUUGUCGUUUUUAUCAUAUAUGCCGAUGGUGCAUUUCAUCCACAACAUGUUUUCGUCGCUAUUGCAUUGUUUGCCAAUUUCCGUACAUGUUUGACAUUAUUCUUUCCAUAUGGUAUAUCACAAGGAUCUGAAGCAUUGAUUUCAAUCACACGAUUAGAGAAUUUUCUAUUGCUCGAAGAAAAAGAACUUGAUUCUGAACAUAUAAAUAAAAUCUCUUUACCUGUAAAGAAAGAAGAUUGUGGUGUUUGGUUAAGCAAUAUGGUUGCAUCAUGGAAUCCCAGAGGAAUGGAACCAACGUUGAAAAAUUUAACUUGUGAGGUUUUGCCUGGAGAAUUAUUAGUCGUUAUCGGAUCAGUUGGAAGUGGUAAAAGUUCCAUUUUAAUGAGCAUUUUAUCCGAAAUCCCAAUUUUACAUGGGGAAGUUAAAGUACGAGGAAAAGUAUCAUAUGCCAGUCAACAACCAUGGAAUUUUGCCGGUACUGUUCGAGAAAAUGUAGUUUUUGGCAAUUCUUAUGAUGAAGCUAAAUAUCGUAAAGUUCUUCAUGUUUGUGCAUUGGAAAAAGAUUUAGAAUUAUUCGAAUUUGGCGAUCAAACAAUUGUCGGUGAUCGUGGUGUUUCAUUGAGUGGUGGUCAAAAAGCUCGUAUUAAUCUUGCUCGUGCACUUUAUGAUGAUGCUGAUGUUUUUCUAUUGGAUGAUCCAUUAAGUGCCGUUGAUGCUGCUGUAUCGAAACAUAUAUUCGAAAAAUGUAUUCGAGGCUAUCUCAAAAACAAAACCGUCAUACUAGUCACUCAUCAAUUACAAUUCAUUAAACAGGCAGCCAAAAUAUUGGUUUUGAAAAAUGGUAAAGCACAAGGCUAUGGUUCAUACUCACAUUUGAUGAGUCUUGGUAUUGAUUUCGUCAAAAUUGCCGAUGAAGAAAAUCAACAAAAACAACAGAAACAAAAAGAUCUAGAUGCUUCAAUGAAAAAAAGCCAUGAAUCGAUUCCUACUGCUUUACAUCAUUCAUCACAAACUUCGCUCAAUUCUUCGGUUGGUGGUGAUGAUUUAGCAAAUUUCAUUACAGGUGAAUCAUUGCAACAAUCGACCGGAGAGAUGGGCACAACUGGUUCGGUUAAAGCUCGAGUGUAUUGGACUUAUGUUCGAGCUGGUGCCGGUUUCUUUUUACUUUUGUCACUGAUUUCCAGUAACAUUGGAACACAAAUUCUAUUCAACGGAAGUGAUUACUUUCUCUCAUUAUGGACGGAUAAAGAAUCCGGUGGAACUAAAAGUGAUAUUAUCAAUAACUUAGAUCGUAAUGGUUGUAUCAUCAUUUUUGGUGCUCUUGUUGGAGCACUAUUUUUAUUGUCACUUGUUCGUACGACAUUAUUCUUUUCGAUUUGUAUGAAAAGUUCGAUCAACUUACAUAAUCGGUUAUUUGAAUGCAUGAUCCGAGCACCAGUAACAUUUUUCGAUAAUAAUCCAAUCGGUGUAUUGUUGAAUCGUUGUUCACGUGAUAUGGGCAUUGUUGAUGAUAUAUUACCACCAACUGCAUUUGAUGCUGUGGAAAUAUUCGUUCAAAUGAUCGGUAUUCUUGUUUUGGUCAUUAUAAUCGAUCCUUGGAUUGCCAUUCCAACAUUCGUCCUGAUAUUUAUAUUUCAUUUCGUUCGUAAAUAUUAUAUAACAAGUGCCCGAAGUAUAAAACGAUUAGAGGGAAUUACACGAAGUCCGGUAUUCUCUCAUCUGGCCAAUUCUCUUUAUGGUCUAUCUACAGUUCGUGCUUUUAAUGUGCAAUCAACUUUUGAGAAAAAAUUUGAUGAAUAUCAAGAUUGUCAUACAGCUGCUUGGUUUUUAUUUAUUUCGGCUGCACGUUGGUUUGGAAUCGUUCUCGAUUGGCUAUGUGUCAUUUAUUUGGCAUGUGUCACAUUGGCUUUAUCAAUAACCCAUGAAACAAAAUCACCAAGUGAAAUUGGACUUGCCAUUUCUUAUGCAAUUACAUUAAGCGGUAUGUUUCAAUGGGGUGUACGACAAUCGGCCGAAUUAGAAAGUCAAAUGACGUCAGUAGAAAGAAUCGAUGAAUUUAGCCAUUUAGAAGGCGAGAAAAACUUGGAACUUCCAUUGGAAAAAAAUCCACCUGAAAAUUGGCCACAUCAAGGAACAAUUGAAUUCGACGAUGUCAGUUUGUCUUAUGCUCCCGAUGCUUCACCUGUUUUGAAAAAUUUAACAUUUACCAUUAAAUCUGGCGAAAAAAUUGGUAUCGUAGGUAGAACUGGUGCUGGUAAAUCAUCCAUGAUAUCUGCCUUGUUCCGUUUAUUACCGCCAGAAGGUACGAUUACAAUCGAUGGUAUCAAUACAAGCCUCAUAUCGUUGACUAGCUUACGAAACAAAUUAUCCAUCAUUCCUCAAGAACCUGUUAUAUUUGCCGGUCCUGUUCGACAAAAUAUUGAUCCAUUCCAUCAACAUAGCGAUGAACGUUUAUGGCAAGUAUUGGAAGAGGUACAGCUAAAACAUGUUGUUUUGGAACAUUCCAAUGGUUUGGAUUCCAUCAUUGCCGAAGGUGGUUCCAAUUUAAGUGUCGGUCAACGGCAAUUGUUCUGUUUGGCACGAGCAAUUCUUAAACAAAAUCGUAUCUUGGUUCUCGAUGAAGCUACAGCCAAUGUUGAUCACAAAACCGAUUUAUUUAUUCAAGAUGCAAUAAGGGAAAAAUUUUCUCAUUGUACCGUAUUAACGAUAGCACAUCGUCUACAUACAAUUAUGGAUUCUGAUCGAGUACUUGUAUUGGAUGCUGGUCGCGUAAUUGAAUUCGAUGAACCAUAUCAAUUGCUACAGAAUGAAAAUGGUCUAUUUGCUAAUAUGGUCAAAAUGACUGGUAAAAGUAUGGCACAUAAUCUAAAAGAAAUGGCUCGUAUUGCACGUGAUUUAAGGUUAAGAAAUGAUUCCGAUUAUAAUCGUGGUCAUCUUCGUGAUCUAAAAGGUUCAUUCAUCAAUAGUCCAAGAAAAGAGAAUAUUAUUGAAGAAACUCCCAUUAAUCAUCAUGAUGGCGAUAAUGAUAUUGAAAAUGAUGAUAAUGAACAACUUUGAUCAUGAUUUUGUCAUGUUUUGUUUUGUUGAUUUGAUAAAUUUGUAAACUAUAUUCUAAUUUGUAUGUUUUUAAAUAAUUAACAGCGUUAUUCUAUCUAAUAAUUAUUCUCGAUUAAAGUAGCUGUUUACUUAA